CAGCCACACAAACACACUCCACACACCACCACCACCACCGCCACCACCACCACACAGACACUCUGACUGCUGCCAGGCGCAGUGGGAAGCAAAGCCGUCAGGGAGAGAGCUUGAGAAGAAAAGAGAGGGAUCGCAGAGGGGAAGAGAAGAAAAGAGUUGGAGGAGGCACCUUGUGGAUCAGAGGGGAUUUUCCUCCUGUGCUCUUCUGGAUAGGACUAUCUGCUUCUUCUUGAGCGAGAGGAGUUUUAACAGAGGCUUUUUUCAUCCUCCAACGCCGGGCUCCAGCAAUAUCUACCUAUCUAUCCCCGGAGCUUAACAAAACAGGGAGGGAGUGAGAGAGAGAGUGAGAAUAAAGGCAGUCACAGCUUCAGCUCAAGACCACCCUCUCUCCUCGUCCUCGCCCUCCUCCUCCUCCUCCUCUUCUCUCUCUUUAGCUCCACAUCAAUGCGUGAGUUCAUCGCUGAUUUCACUGUCUUUUGGGGAUAGAGCAGAGGACAGCGUGUGUUCUCCAGGAUACAGCCGAGAUCCCCGGUGGGAUCAGGGUCUCGUCUGGUGUGUGUGUGUGUGUGUGUGAGAGAGAGAGAGAGAGGGAGCGAGAAACGAGACAGGGAAACUGAUACACAGGAAGAGGGGAAGAGACGGAGAGAGACAAGAGUAAGCAAAUUGAGGGGCAUGUUCAGGGCAGCAGAGAAAAAGAGUCAGUCUGAUUUUUAGAGCGGAGAGUGCAAGGAACCGGCAAUCGGAUCCCAUCCACUCCUCCUCCUCCUCCUCCUCCUCCUCCUCCUCCUCAUCGUCCUUUUCUUCUUCCCUCUCCUUUAACCCUCUUUCUGUCCUGGUCUUCGAUUCCCCCUAUUGUUCCCGAGGUUGCCUCCUACUAACCUUUUUGAUAUCUUCCUAUCCUCACCUACUUCUCCCCAAACCCUUUUUUUUUUUUAAAUAUUUUGCUGCCACUCCGGAUUCUCUCUGUCUCUCUUUCUGGACCGGUCUCUUCUUUGUGAGGUUCCCUGUGAGCUCCCAGACAAGAAGACUGACUCAAAUCCCAAGAGCUAUCUGUCCUCCCAUCCCUCCCUUCAUCUGUGCGUUUAUCACACACACACACACACACCUGAGUAAGAGGAGAACGUACUCGCUCCGCAUCCUCCACUCUCGGAAGCAGACGUCUGAAGGAUCCAGACCGGCCCCCCUCAGAGUAAACGUAUCCUCAACCUGCGAGCUUCUCUCUCCAGCCUCCGGGACCUUCAAUUGGAUUCCAGCUACAUGGGAAAACGUUUGGAGCAGCAGCCAAUGUACCCCCACUACACCUACUACUACCCCCACUAUCUCCAGACCAAGCAGUCCUAUGCACCUCCCCCUCCGCCCAUGGCUCCGCCCAGCCCUGGCAACACAGGAGGAGGUGGAGGUGGAGGAGGCGGAAGUCAUGGAGGAGGGCUAGUGGAGCAGCUUAGUAAGACCAACCUGUACAUCCGAGGCCUGCCGCCUGCCACCACCGACCAGGACCUCAUCAAACUCUGCCAGCCAUAUGGGAAGAUUGUGUCAACGAAGGCCAUCCUGGACAAGAACACCAACCAAUGCAAAGGCUAUGGCUUUGUGGACUUUGACAGCCCUGCAGCAGCCCAGAAAGCUGUGGCCUCGCUCAAAGCCAGUGGAGUCCAGGCACAGAUGGCAAAGCAACAGGAGCAGGACCCCACCAACCUGUACAUCUCAAACCUGCCGCUCUCCAUGGAUGAGCAGGAGCUGGAGAACAUGCUGAAGCCCUUCGGUCAUGUAAUCUCCACACGGAUACUGAGGGACGCCAACGGCCUGAGCAGAGGAGUCGGUUUUGCAAGGAUGGAGUCCACAGAGAAGUGUGAUGUGGUGAUUCAAAAUUUCAACGGGAAAUUCUUGAAAACCCCUCCAGGCAUGACAGCCCCUGCAGAGCCUUUGCUGUGCAAGUUUGCUGACGGAGGCCAGAAGAAGAGACAAACCCAAGUGAAGUAUCCCCAGAAUGGCCGACCGUGGACACGGGAAGGAGAGAGUGGUAUGGCGUUGACGUAUGAUCCCACUGCGAUGCAGAAUGGGUUUUACUCGUCACCAUACAGCAUCUCCACCAAUCGGAUGAUUGCACAGACGUCAAUCACACCCUUCAUCGCUGCCUCCCCCGUCUCCACAUAUCAGGUCCAGAGUACAUCAUGGAUGCCACAUCAACAGUAUGUUAUGCAACCUACAGGCGCUGUGAUCAGCCCAGCAGCGGCUAUAGAGCCCAGUUUGUCUCUUCACCCCUCCAGUGUGAUGGCUCCUCUCACCCAGCAGAUGAACCACCUGUCUAUGGGCACCACAGGCACUUACAUGCCUGCUGCAGCGGCUGCUACUAUGCAAGGAACCUACAUUCCCCAGUACACUGCAGUGCCUGCCUCUGCCAUCACAGUGGAAAGUGUGGUGACAGACCCAUCUUCACAGACAGCUGCCCCCUCCUCCCAGGACGCCAGCGGGCAGCAACCUUUAUCAGUGGAGAAUACAGGAGAUCAUUCCACAGCCUACUCUUACCAGCAGUCUAAAUAACAAGAUUGGUAGGAAUCAUUGCUGCAUUGCCUUUAGAAGGACUACACUGAGGCGCUGGAGACAAAGAGAGAUUCAAAAUGAAACGGGGACAAAAAAAAAAGAGGUGAUAUGGGCAACAUUGAGGGGAGAAUGCUUCCACUGUGCACAGGCACCAAAUAAAAGACAAAAUGAAAAAAAAAAAUCUAUUAUAUUUCUUACCUGGUUGAACCAAGAAAAAGACAGGAAACAAAGAAAUGAUGGUUUGCUGAACUCGAGGACAAAUGAAAUUAAAUGCAGUCUGCAUCUUUGAGUCCAUCAUUUCUCACUGUGAGACUGGACUCUGCCUCCAAAGGAAAACGAGAAGACAGACUGAAAUCUAAACUCAACCAACAAGCUGUACAGAAAAAAAAAAGAACAUUUGAAUGUGCAGGUAGAUUUUCAGGCUUUUUUAUCAAAAAAAGGAAGGAAACAAAGUCUAGAAAAAAACGGUUGUCUUCCUUUGAUAUUAAGCUACAUUCUUUUCAUUAUUUUUAUUAUUUGAGUAGUUUUCUAGAAUAUCAAUGUUUUCGUAAAUCUUUAUUGCCUUAAUUUUCUCAAACUUUGGGAAAAAAAGUUUCCAUAGUGUUGAAUUAUUAAAAAAAGUGGUUGAAUGAUUUGAGAUUAAAUCUACAAAGCUAUUUGUACAGGAUAAAAAAAAAAGGUUGUAAUUGUAUGAAGAUGAUUUUAAAUUAUGUGGUGCAGUGCAGCUGAUGUUGGUUGGUGGGAAAAAAUUAUCUUCUUUAAUGCGAAGAAGGGUCAAUCCACUUCUUCCUGGAAAAUGCUCAAUCAUGGGAUAAAAGUUCUGUUUUUUCAUCACAUUUGUAUUUUUUGAUUUUUGAUUGCAGUCGUAUAACCUUCAAAAGGGUUUUGCUUUGCCUGCUUUGCUUGUCUCACUGCAAAAAGAAAAGUAAAAAAGGAACAUUUCUGACAUUGACAAAAAGCAGAAAUAAACGCUAGGAUUUUUAAAUGUGCAAAAAGCAAUAGUUUUAGUAAAACUGUUGACAGUUUCUUGAGUCUUUCUUAACCGUUGCCAUCAGGUGGCAUAUUUUAUACCAAAGAUGAAGAAACUAGGUAGUGAAGAGAUCUUCCUUAUGUUGCUUUUUCUUUAUUUGUUCACCUCUGAAACUGAUAUUUGUAUUGAUUGUCAUGCUGUUGGCAUGUGAGCUAAUAUAUCAGUGACUGAGAACAUGGAGUAGGUUUUAAACACGACUGCCUCAACCAGAAGAGUUGGCUCUGAGAUGUUUUGUUUGUCAUGUGAUCAAACGUGGGGAUGAUCUAUAGUGGUCGCUGUAACAUCUGUUGAGGGACCAGACACCCUUUGUGGUGUGAAAAUAGUGGAGGAGGUAGGUAUAUUAUUGAUGGUUCACAAUACUUCAGUGGUAAAGGGGUUGAAAACGCAUUAUAUCCUGUGGAGUAUCGGUGUGUACUUUUCAAACCUAUGUAUACACCUAACAACUCCCUCUUCAGUCUGCAUUGACCAAACACAAAUACAGAUGCUGUAGCUCAUUCUGAUGGCCAGCCAAAAUGUUCUUAUUUUGAAAUGAUUAGUCUUUGUCCAUAAGACAAACUGUUUUACGCCACUGUCUUGCCAAACACAAGCCAUUUAAAAUGUGAGCAGGGCGAUGAUCUAUGUCAGAGGAAAGGGCAUUUCUGUUGAACAAAGUCAUUUCAGCUUAUGUAUAUUCUAAAAAGACGAGGAGAUAUGUUGUUCUUUUGUUUUUGUGUUGCCUUUUUUUGUCUUUUUUGAGAAUUGAUUAUGAAGUGUGAGCUGCUAAAUACUUUUCAUUAAUGAGGAUUGAGAAGGUCUUGUGUUCGGUGGGUGUGGAAAGAGGUACACCUUCAGAAUGACAGCUUUUGACUGUUUGAAGCCAAGAUACUGUUUAGACAGUUAGGUGUUAGGCUUAACUUCACUGCUUAAAAAGCAUCCUGCAAAUCUUGUGCCUCUUUUCAAGUGACAGAAAAGACAUAUUCCUGCUUGCAGGCAUCAAAAAAAUAAUACUUUCUUUUUUGGUAAGAUCUGGUAAUAAGAAUCUGCAUUAUUUGUUAUGAGUAACAGGGAACAAAACCUCCUCUAUGGACUUUAACUGGCUGUCACAGGCUCUGAGGUCACACCCUUGAAGCCCCACCUACUAGACCAUCAGCCACAAAAAGAAGCUAAUGGUUACAAAGGAACAGACGGACACCGUGUGGUUGCACCAAAUUCAAGCAGAUACAAACCUCUAUGGGAAAAUAAAUUAUUGAGAGAGUAGAGAAAGCGGGAAAAAAGUACUAUUUAUGAGAUCUUUUUUGUACAGGUGUGUAAAAGAAGAUGCAACAGAAAUAACUUUGAUGAUGCUAUUUUUUUAUUUGCUUGGUCACAUGCCUACCAUGUCUUUCAAAUUGUGAUUCUGAGAGUGUCUGUAGAACCAGUGGAUAUUGCUGUAGUUUCAAAUGUCUCUUUUCUUUUUGUUUUCUUUUUAGACAAGUCUUUCAAUAAUAAAAGGUUUUAAA